ACUGUUGGUGAUUUGUAUGUGUGACAGUGAUGAUUUAGGAACGUUGGCAUUUGUUUGAUAGAAAUCCCAAGCAGUUUUGGGCCUUUGGCUUUGGCCCUGCCUAACUUGCCGAACUGCCCUAAGUCGCUCAGGCUUUGAUUAGCUGCGUGUGAUUUCCUGGAUAACCGAUGUGCCAAAAAGUCAUGCUCAGUGCGAUGCCGACGAAACCCCAAGUGGAAUCUCACUAAGCUUAGAACUGGGUGUCAGGAGCAGGCCUGUGCUUUGCUGCCAAAACGAGCGGUCCUGUCAUGGCAUUUCUCAUCAGAUGUGUGCCGAUGGGGUUGACAUUACUGUAUGUGGUGCUGCUCGGCUGUGUUGUCGGGAAGGUGGAGCCCGACGCCGGGGUUGCCACGACGACACAGCAGCCGGACAGCGAGAGCGCGCCGCAGCCGAACCUAACGUCCGUCUACAAGUCCAAGCCGACGUUCAAUCCAAAGGGGAUGGAGUUCCUUUACCAGGCGACAAACUUCUUCUUGGACGUCCUCGUAUUGAAUCGCGAAUUUCCAGAUCUCACAAAGAAUGGAACAGAGUUCAUGCCAAGCAGCCUUUACGAUUCCGACUCUCUCUACUACAAACAGGUGCGCAACUACGAAACCGGAUUCAUCGUGUGUUUCGUCGUCGGCUGUAUCUACGUGGUCGCCAUGUUCUUUACUGCUCUUGUGUUCUUGCUCUGCCGCUGCUGCGGCGGAUGCGGCGCGCAGCAGAGCAAGAUGGACGAUCGGUUCGCCAAGUGCAAGCGCGUCACGAUGGCUGUGUUUCUCUUUCUGGUCACGAUGCUGAUGCUGUUUGGCGUGAUCUGCACGUUUGUGACGAAUGAGUACGUUGAUAAAGCGGUGCUGGCGAUCUCGAGCAAGCUGCGCACGAGCCUGCAGGACGUUGACAUGUACCUGACACGCACCGACGACGAGGUAAAGCCACUCUUCACGAGCGACUACGAGCUGUACGUGCGUGGCCCUGUCCAUAACGAUCUAGAUGAUGCGACAGAUUUGCUGUUGGUGGAGAUGACUGCACUGACAGGUCUGGAUGCAGCUUGGGCAAGUUUGGCAGAGAUACAGACACAGGUGGCACUGGCGCAGGCAGAUCUCAUAACGCUGUCGGAGGAGACCCGGCGUUUGCGCCAUCUAGCGGGCAACCUGAGCGAGACGCUGGAGAGCUUCCAGGAGACUGUGGAAGAUGCUCCGCUGCGGUGUGUUCCCUGCAUCCAGCUGAAGCAGCAGGCACUCAGCUUCCACAUGGGACCACAGUUCCAGCGGCUGCCCGAUGUGUCCGCUGUACUAGAGAAUGUCACAUCGACGAUUGAAGCCAAUGUAGACAAAUUAAAGACCGAUGGACGGAAGCACUACAUAAAGGUCACGGAGGAAAUACAGGCACGCGCUAGUGCUACAACACAAGAAGCAAAGAACAAAGUUGACAGUGUUGGACGAGAUGUUGCUGAAAUUUCAGACAUGGUCUCUGAGUCUAUACGAAAGAUAAAAGUCGAGGUCCGCAAAGCCAAAGGUGGUGUAAACACGUUGGACGGUUAUAUCCAAGAGCGACCGUAUGCUUACUACUAUACAGGCGUGGGCAUCAGCGCAGUGCUACUGCUCAUUGUCUUACUCAACGCACUCGGCCUGAUGUACGGUGUGUGUGCGCCGCGGCCAAACGAUCGCCAUGACGACUCGUGCACGCGCAGCACCGGCUCCAACCUGCUCAUGGCCGGUGUUGCCUUGUCCUUCCUCUUCUGUUGGAUCAUCAUGAUAGUCUGUGUUGUACUAUUCAUCAUCGGUGGAAAUGUACACAUCCUCGUCUGCGACCCUCUCGCCAGCCCCACUGGGCUACACACACAGGAGAGCAAUGAACAGCUGGGCAGCACCUGUUCAAUCUUUGGCUGCGAGUAUCUACGUGACUUCGUUCCCUCACGACCUUUAAAUCAAUCUGAACAGUUCAAGAUCAUUGAUUACUACUUCACGGAGUAUGGCAAGGAACCCAUCUAUGGCAGAAAAGAUGUCCCAGUCACGUUUGAAGGCAUCAUAACCCGAUGCAACAACAACCAGAGCUUUUACGAGGUAUUUAGGAUCGACUAUGUGCACAACAUUACUGAGAUGACAAGCCGAUUCAAAGCAGAGAACGAAGUUAGCAAAGCUUUAGACCAGCUAGAUGCAUAUGACUUCGACACGACUGCAGUGGAAGUCAUGCCACACAGCACCAAACUCGAGCUGCGCCGCCUAGUGGAGCUCUGGCGAACUAUUCUUGAGUUUGACCAGUACAGAGAUGAGUUGAGCAAGAGCGUUCUCCUGUCAGAGAGCACCAGUGUGGACACGUUCCUCAAUAGUGUCCACAGUGUCGGUAGCGAUACUCAAGAUGAAGAAAUCAACUUGACACUUGAGAUGAUUGCUGAGCACAUUGGGAAGCUGCAACGAGGCGUUGUCAAGGACAUCACAGAUGUCAUGAGAAGUAUAAAUGUCACCCUGGAGAAGCUUGUUGCUGAUUCCACGUUAACGGAGAAGGUGGAGAGCUUCAUUGAGCAAGUAGAAACUGUAGAGAGAAAAGUAAAAACUGAGGGACCACAAAUAGUAAGACAGGUUGUGACAAGUUGGGCAGAAGGUAUUCUUGGACACUUUGAACGUUACCUGGUAUAUGUGGAGGAACAGGUGGCGCACAAGGUCGGUGCAUGCGAACCAGUUAGUAAAGCCUUCAAUGCCUCUGUGUUUUCCGUUUGUAAGGAAACUCUCUAUCCACUGAAUGGUUUCUGGGCUGGACUGGGGAUUUGCAUGAUCAUGGUGAUACCCAGCAUCAUUCUCUCUGUCAAGCUGGCAGGCCUCUACAGGAAAACACAGUCCUACACAGCCAUCGACGAGCGCAUCGACAAGCACAACCGCAACGCUGCCCACCACCACUACUACGACAACAGCUCCGACUACUACGAUGGCUACAGCGAACACCACAGCAGACGUUCGAGCCCCGGCCGCCGGCCGCCAUUGGCAGCGACGGCGCAUAACAGCAGCAGUCACCAUGGCAACCGUUACUACAAUGAUCGCGACGAGGACGCCAGUACAGUGUGGGAGUACCAGCCGUACCACGGCAGCGCGGAGCCUGAAUAUGCAGAGUUGAACCGACCGCCACCCUACAACAGCUCCGCUAACAACUUCAACAGUGUGAGUGUGAGAGUGGGGUAUGGGGCCAAAGUAAUGAGCUGCAAGAGAGACUAAGUGAUGCCUGUGAGGUCAAUGUGAGUAGCGACAUGGAGAGAAGGUGCAGAGAAGAAG